AUGGCAGGAGCACGUGCUCAUGAGAUGCAGCCGCCCACCUCUUUCGCCCGUGUGGCAGCUAUAGCAGCGGGAGCAGGGAGGCAGGCAGCAGCUGUGAACACUACAGAAAUGGCGUUCCCUCCCCUCGCUGCUUCUGUGCAUGGCGCUACACCGCAUGGGGGGACAGCAGGGCAUGGGGGGACAGCAGGGCAUGGGGGGACAGCAGGGCAUGGUGCAGCCGCUGCAGCACAUGGGGCUGACAAGGGUGGGUAUGAGAAGGGUAUUCUAGGGCCUGGAGCACCUGGUGGAAGAGGGGCAGGAGUCGGAGUAGGGCUAGUGGCGCCUGCUUUGCAGCACAAGCAGCAGCAGCCGCCACUCCUGCCCACGCCCCCUCAAGCCAGCGUUCAGGCACGGGGAGGGGACGCGGAAAAGAAGCUCCUUACACGUCGCUCCCUGCUGCCGCACGCUCCUCCCACUGGCGGCCUCGAGUAUGCCUGCCCUGCUGGUCACCGCUUCUUUGCUGCCCCGCACCCAUCCCCCGAACCAAGAGGGGCGUUGUGGGGCGUGAUAAAUGGGGCAAGAGGGGCAGAGGAUUUGAUGGGAGGAGUGAAGGAUUGGGUUGGGGAGUGGGUUGGGAGAGAUCAGGCGCUGGUGGUGGGGUGCCCUGGGUGUGAGGCGGUGAGAGGGAGUGGUGUGAGGAGUGUGAUUGUUAAGGGGGAGGAGGUGAUGUUGGGGAGGGAUGAGAGAGUGGAGGGAGAGGGUGAAGGAGAGGGGGAGGGAGAGGGGGAUGGAGAGGAGGAGGAGGAGGAGGAGGAGGAGGAGGAGGAGGAGGAGGAGGAGGAGGAGGAGGAGGAGGAGGAGGAGGAGGAGGAGGGAGGAAAGGGAGAGAAGAGGGGGGAGGAGGAGGGAGAAGGGGAAGAGGAGGAAGCAAAGGAGGAAGGGGUGGGAAGAGCGAUCGUGAGCAAGGAUGAUUGGGAAGGGGAAGGAGGAUUAGGACAAGCCAAGGCCUUGACUGCUGGUGAUGCGAGCCGCAGUGGCUCAAAGGGAGAAGCGAGUGAGAGGGAAGGCGGAAAGGCGAUCGUUGGAGGGAAAGCGGUGAGGAGAGAGGGCAAGUUGCGGCACAGGAGAAGGUUCUUCCCCACAACUGCUGCUACUCUGCAGCGCAUCUACGUGGUGACUCCUAACCAUGCGCUUCUCUUCGCAUCCUGCCCCACUCUCCUCCUCCCUCCCUCCGCGGUUACCAGCAGCAGCAGCAGCAGCAGCAGCACCUCAUCUAUUCCCCUUGCAGCUGCCCACAGCAGCAACCCUUUCGCAGCUAUGGAGUCGCGGGUUCUUCUUCUGCUUGUGUGUGCAGCGGCUUUUGCGACAACCGCCCUGGCACACGACCUAGCGAUUUGCAACCUUGCCGCGGUUCUUCUGGGAGCUGGCGAAAUUCCCAAGAACGACACCCAGGCUGCGAAGAACGCCGUCGGAGACAUGCGAGGCGUGGGUUACAUGCGUCUCGCAAUCUACAAGGACCACGAUAACGAGCCUAAGUGGAUGAAGUAUACAGUGACCGUGCAGCGGCUCAAGGGAGAGAUGCCGCCCACCAAAACGCACGUGCACGCGGGGAAGAAGGGAAAAAACGGCGACAUGCUGCUUGACCUGCCGUGCAAGUACGCGAACAAGGGCAAGGAGCUCUGGCGCUGCGAGGGGAACCUGGGCAAGAACAAGAGCGAGCGCACGAAGGCUCUCGAGGCGGCUCUGACCAAGAUUGAGAAGAGCCCUGCUGACUUCUAUGGGAAUAUUCACACCAAGCGCUACCCUGACGGUGCUGUUCGUGGUCAGCUCCGCAAUGCGUCGUAG